CCCAACCCGGCCGGGCUGCGCGCGCUCAUUGGCCGCGCCCGGGCUCCCAGCGCCCCACGCCCCGCGCCCGCGCCAGCCCCGCGCCAGUCCCGUGCGAGAUCAUGGGCCGCCGAGGAGCGCCCGCCCCCCGCGCCGAUGUAAAUUAUUAAAAAGAAAAUGGCCCAUCGGAACACUGCAUUUCCUUCUCUUGUCACCAAGGAAAGGUAUAAUAUAUGGAAAAUAUGCAUCUAAGAAGAGUUAGAACCAUGCCCCGGCACAGCCAGUCCCUGAGCAUGGCCCCGUACUCGUCCGUGAGUCUGGUGGAGCAGCUGGAGGACCGGAUCCUCUGCCAUGAGAAGACCACCGCUGCGCUGGUGGAGCAUGCCUUCCGGAUCAAAGAUGACAUUGUCAGCAGUUUGCAGAAGAUGCAGAACAAAGGUGGAGGCGAUCGCUUGGCCAGGCUCUUCCUGGAGGAGCACAUCCGAAACAUCACAGCUAUCGUGAAGCAGCUCAAUCGGGACAUUGAGGUGCUGCAGGAGCAGAUUCGUGCCCGGGACAACAUCAGCUAUGGAACAAACUCGGCCUUAAAGACUCUGGAGAUGCGGCAGCUCUCGGGCUUGGGCGAUCUUCGGGGGAGAGUGGCAAGGUGCGACGCCAGCAUCGCCAGACUCUCUGCGGAGCACAAAACCACCUACGAGGGGCUCCAGCACUUGAACAAGGAACAGCAAGCCGCCAAGCUCAUCUUGGAGACGAAAAUCAAGGAUGCAGAAGGACAGAUCUCUCAGCUGUUGAACAGAGUUGAUGUGUCGAUAUCAGAGCAGAGCACCAAGCUGAAGAUGUCCCACAGGGACAGCAACCAUCAGCUGCAGCUUUUGGACACCAAAUUUAAAGGCACAAUUGAGGAACUCAGUAACCAGAUUUUAUCUGCCCGGAAUUGGUUGCAACAGGAACAAGAACGGAUAGAAAAAGAACUUUUACAGAAAAUUGAUCAACUUUCCUUGGUGGUUAAGGAAAACAGUGGGGCCAGCGAAAGGGACAUGGAAAAGAAGCUUAGUCAGAUGUCAGCCCGACUUGACAAAAUAGAGGAGAGUCAAAAGAAGACUAUGGAUAUGCAGAGAGCAAAACAGGAGGAGAAAGUGCAUGGGCGGAUCAGCAAGCUGGAGUUACAGAUGAAUGAGGAUAUGAAGGAAAUGAAAGCUGAAGUCGAUGCUGGGUUUACAGCCAUCUAUGAAAGCAUAGGAUCCCUCAGGCAAGUUCUCGAAGCCAAGAUGAAGUUGGACAAGGACCAGCUGCAGAAGCAAAUCCAACAGAUGCAGAAGGCAGAAACUCCCAUGUGAAGGGAAUCAGAGCCUGGGCCUCAAAGGUGGCUUUGCUGGGCAGGCCGGAAGCAGACUCCUCGGUAGCCUGGCCAUUGCAGGACUGGGAGUUGUUCUCUCCACAAUGUGCAUGUGCCAGGAAAUGGAUCUUUCUGGAUUUAAAUGUUUACUUUGAGUCUUGAAAACACACUUUCUUUCAAAGCAUUAAAUGCAAUUUUUACUAGUUUAUUCCACAUUUCUAAAUUGAAUAGAAUAGUCUCUCUCUCCCUCUCUGGAAUUUGAAAGGCUUUUAUCCCCUUCAUUUUAUGAAUGAAAAGACUUUUAACAAUGUCCUUUCAGUGCUUGAUGCCCUAGCCAAGAUUUUACUAUUCCCCAAAAAUGUCAUGGUGGUGUUUUAAAAUCAAGGAACAAAUGAAUCACCACAGGACUGUGUUCCUUCUCUCCCAAAAUUAAGGGAUAUCUGAAUAGACUAGAAUUCAAAUUUUGACUCCAUAUUUGGAUUUUAUUCUUGCUGUUUGUGCAUUUCUUUUAUUGAUAUCUUCCUAGAACUCUUCUGUGUUUUGUAGGGUGGUGGGGGGAAGUAUAUAGCACUUGGAAAAAAGUCUUAGUAUUUAUGUAAUGAAAAUAGUUUAAAAUUUGAUAACUCCAUAUUCUUUACAAAUUAAAGUGGAAACUCAUGCCAUUUAUCUAGAUCAUACAAGGCACAAAAUCUACUUCAAUUGCUAGAUAGACAAGGUUUUAAUAUUUAAAACUUUUUUCAGUUAUUCAUAGGCUGUACAGCAACAGCCAUAUGCUUAAAUGAUAAAAUAGUGGUUAAUAGUCUUUUCUUACACAAUUAAUUGUUCAUUAAUCCUAUUAGACUAAAGAGGAGGUGAUCUCCUCUUUAAAAGAUCUCAAAAAUUGGCACAAAGUGCUGGAACUUACAUAUAACUGUAUUCUUGUGCCUUGGUUUUAUCACAACAAUAAUCUGUAAAAGUGACCCUAUAAAAAAUUUUGUAGACAAAAGAGAUAGCAUGAUAAUGCAUCAGAGUCAUGACAUGGGCCUGAGAGAUAGUUUAGAUGCCUGCCUGGCAUGUGGCCAAUGCGGGUUUGAUCCUGACACCACGCUUGGCUUCCUCAGUGCCAGGAGGGGCCCCUGAGCACAGAGUAAGGAGGAAGUCCUGAGUACUACUAGAUGUGGCUCCCAACAUAAAGAAAAAUCUAAUUGCAAUAUUAAAAUGGGAUCUGAUCUAAUUUUUAAAAUGUUCUAAAAAUUUUCUCACUGUUAACAAUCAUUAAUAUUGGAAUGGAGGGCUGGAGAGAGCACAGCGGGUAGGGCGUUUGCCUUGCACGCGGCCGACCUGAAUUCAAAU